CUCCCUCCCUCCUCCCCGCCAUGGACGCGCUGGAGACGCUGGUGUGUCGCCUGCACCAGGUUCAGGCCGUCAAGUUCGGCAGCUUCGUGUUGAAGAGCGGAAUAUCGUCGCCCAUCUACUUCGACCUGCGGGUUAUCGUGUCGUAUCCGGAUUUGAUGAACCAGGUUUCGGACGUCCUGUGGCAGGUCGCCAAAAAGGCCGGGGUCAAGUGCGACUCUGUCUGUGGGGUUCCCUACACAGCUUUGCCUCUGGCCACCAUUAUUUCUUCAUCCACCGGGAUCCCGAUGCUCAUUCGGAGAAAGGAAGCGAAGGAUUACGGUACAAAGCGCCUGGUGGAAGGUGCCAUCACUCCGGGAGAAACGUGUCUUAUUAUCGAGGAUGUGGUCACGAGCGGGUUGAGUGUCUUGGAAACUGCAGACGUUCUUCAUAAGGAAGGACUGUACGUCACUGAUGCGGUGGUGCUGAUGGAUCGGGAGCAGGGAGGAAGGGCUAAGCUAGAGGAGGAAGGAAUACGUUUGCACUCAUUUUGCUCGUUGUACAAAUUACUAGAUAUUCUACACAGCCAUGGAAAAAUUGAUUCUGAAAUAGUAGAAAAUGUCAAAGCAUUCAUAAGGGAAAACAACACCUAUCAGCCAACAAAUCAUAAAUUGAAGAGUAUCUCAACAAAGCAACCUGAAAAAGAGCCUGAUUCACGACCUGCAAAGAGACACAAUAAGCCAGUUAGCUACAGUGACCGAGCACAGCUUCUUGAUGUCCACCCAGUCACAGCAAAACUCUUUAAGAUCAUGGAAAGGAAGCAGACAAAUUUGUGCUUGUCUGCUGAUGUCACAGACUCAAAAGAACUAUUGCAGCUGGCUGAUUCACUGGGUAGUGAAAUCUGUGUGUUGAAGACCCACAUUGAUAUCCUUGACAAUUUUGAACCAUGUGUGAUCAAGGAACUCCGAGCAAUUGCUGAUAAGCAUGAGUUUUUGAUAUUUGAAGAUCGAAAGUUUGCCGACAUUGGGAAUACAGUCAAACAUCAGUAUGAAGGUGGGAUAUACAAAAUUGCUUCAUGGUCAGAUGUUGUGAAUGCCCAUGUGGUCCCUGGCCCUGGAGUGGUGAAAGGAUUAAAAGAAGUUGGGCUGCCUUUGAACCGGGCCUGUUUACUGAUUGCCGAAAUGAGCUCCCAGGGUUCCUUAGCCACCGGGGACUACACCAAAGCAGCUGUGAAAAUGGCUGAGGACCACUCCGACUUUGUUAUUGGGUUUAUUUCCAGCUCAAAUGUGAGCAGCAGCCAAAAGUUUAUACACAUGACACCUGGAGUCCAGAUGCAGGCUGGAGGAGAUAAACUAGGACAACAGUAUCUGAGCCCCGAGCAAGUGAUUAAUAAGAAGGAUUCAGAUAUAAUCAUCGUGGGCCGAGGAAUCCUGUCAGCAAAGGAUCGUUUAGAAGCAGCAAGAAUGUAUAAGACGGCUGGGUGGGAAGCCUACCUGAGCAAGCUGUCAUGUUUUGGCAACUGAAAGAUGAAUAGAAAUUCAGGAAUUUUGUGUCCAAACUCAUUUUGUACUCAUUUCAUUGGCACUCUCAUUGUAAUUUACUAGAAUGGUUGAAUUGGAAAAUAUAAGAUGUCAAUUGUGUACCAAUUAUUUCACCUAAACAACCCCAAUGACACCUCAACUCAAUUUGUGAUUGCAUUAUAAACCUUAAAAAGCUGCAUAAAUUGCAGGAUAUUGAAGUAAAUGUCAUUGCGUAGCAAGCUUGUACAUGGAGCAACAACACUCAGUACAAUUGCAGAUGUAAAGAUUGUCUGAUUUUUAUUACGUGAACUUUCCAAUAAAAAUAGUUGUACUUGUAGAUCAAAGGUCUUUCAGAACAAAUAAAUUGCAGUGCCAAUUUA